CCUGCCGGCCUCUCGGAAUUUGGUGGUGAAAAAAAGAGCUUUGUAUUUUUCGGUACAAACACCCCUCGUUCAUCUCCUUCCCCACAAACGAAGCUUUCUCCUUCCCUUUAAAUUGGACCAAAUUCAUUCCACCGCGAGGGCCAUACUGACGGGAAUAAAUUUAGAGCGCCAGGCGGAUUUCAAUGGAUCACUCCGGUUUGGAUUUCAAAGAGUCCUUUAAUCGGCUUCUCCGGAGCGUUAACUGAACCAAAACACACUAGGACGAAUAUUGUGCUCCUAACAAACGAAUUGGAAGGUUAAAAGCGGUAACUAAAUCCCAUCACUCUCGCAUUCCAUACCACACCCACCUGGCCGAACCAUCCGAUGCUGCGCUAACUUUGAUUAAUAAUAGAAAGAGAAAUCGUAUUAAACAGUGACAUGGAGAAACUACGCUCAAAGCUGCUUGAAAAUGAUGUCGACAACAUCAAGAAACUUGGAGACCUCCUUCGCAAGAUAGACCGCGACAAUGACGACGUCCUUUCUGUCAGUGAGCUGGCAGAGGGAAUGAAGGACCUUGGUCUGGAGAUGCCCGAGGACGAGGUGAUGGAGGUCUUCAUCGAGCUGGAUAAAAAUGACUCAAACACCGUGGACUUGCAGGAAUUCUUUGUAGCUGUCCGGGGUUGCAUGUCUGAGGCUCAACUAGACAUCUGCAUGAGGGCCUACCAGAAGCUUGAUAAGGAUGACAGCGGAGUGAUCGACUUCGACGACUUGAAAGACGGCUACGACUUCCAAGGGGCGGCUCGCAGCGUUAUGAGCAACGAGGAAGCGGCCAAGCGAUUUCUGCUGAUGUUCGACAGCAACAAGGACGGAAAGGUUACAAAGGAGGAGUUUUUGAAUUACUACGCAGGUCGGUCUCGCAUGUCGGAUGACAAGUUUGUCAAGUUUGUGAAAGCGAGCUGGAAGCUGUAACGAUCAGAAGCGACUUGUGGUUGAGUUUAGAAUCCCACGAGCAGCACACGGCCUUUUCAUUACCGAGCUAAGCACUUAAGGCCAACUUCGACGCUGACGCCAAUUCUUCUGCUUGAUAACCUCUUCUUUCUGACAAAAACGAAAUUAAAAUAUGCACUUUUCUAGAAUACGGACAAAUACACUGACCAGUUUCUUGCGCGAGUGCGGAAUCAUGUGACAACAUGACUACAGAAAAUAGUAUUAUAGCUGUAUUUCGUAUUUGCUGGCGGGACAAAAGGAACUACACGUAUAUACGUGCAUGUAUUUGCAAUGUUCUUAGAGAGCCUUGUUUGGAUACCGAACGUCUAUUUCAAAUAGAGGUUGGCCUUUCCUGAAAUGCCUGGCCCAACACAAGAUGUUAGUUUUUUGCAAAGUAUCCUGAACCGAGCAUGCUACAUCAAGCAGGCGAAAUCUGGAGUGCAACUUUCUACCCGUGGUCGUGAAGACAGUAAUGGGAUUUCUUUUCGGAAAAGGCUUCAAUCUUUGUAACAGUUAAAAAUAAAUACCAAUAAACAGCUGUUUUGUAGGCCUAUAAGUCCGGCUGUAUGGUGACAUAAUUAGCUUUUGGCUUACGACGCUCAGUCAACGAACGAAUUUGUCAACCUUCAUUAAAACAGUCACUAGAUAAAUACACUGCUUUUGUUCCGCCUUGUCUGGACCACAAAGUCAAAUUUCACUGUCUCCCAGUAAUCAUAAACUUACAAGUGGAAAAUUAAUUAUUGGUUCUGGUGCUAAUUGCAUUGUUAAUUUUAAAUGAUGUAACGUUAAGGUCUGCAUAAUCUUAUUUUAUUCUAAUAUGAAUAACUUAUUAACUCCGGGCAAAUAUAAAUACGUGUGCUGUAUUAUAAAACAUAACCACUUAAACGGUAGCUGUCGGAUAAAUAUCGGCUAACAAAAUAUAUUUGGGAAUUCGAACUAGCGACAUGAAUAAACACAAUUUAAAGAGCAUACGACUGGUUUUUAAAAUUCAUAUUCUUUGUGUAAGUUUAUUCGUUUUCUUUUGAUGCAGACUAUUCGCCCUCCCCAAAAAAAUCUUGUCACCAAUUCUCAAAAAAAGACCAAAUGCCCUUUUUGCUUUGGAAUACUUGGACAAUAGAUUGUUGCUGCAGUCUGAUUGCAAACGCGUAACUGAUGUCAGAUGUAAUGAAAAUGUAAGGUUACUGGACACCAGCUUUUAAAAGCACUAUGCUCUUCGAUGCUUGAGUCAGGAAGGUAAACACCUUCAGGUACAACCAACUGGAUUUUAGGAUUAAUUUUUUUAAAUGCUCAUUUACAAUCUUGGCUUUCUUUGAAAAAUGUGCAACUUAACUGCAUGACAAAGGCUGCAUGCAGCUAUGUACGAGCGACAUUUACAGUGAACUUUUCAUGCAGAUGCUGCAUAUACUGUUACCCCUGAUCAGCAGGCUUGCAUUCCUGAAGUCACUUCAGAUCCCUGGAUACACCAUUUGAACAAAGGGCUCUGCUCUUACCAUUCUCAAAUAUUUGUAAUACCACUGCGAGGGGAGGGGCAUGCACAGUAGACAAAGCUUGGCUACUAACAGGAUGAGCCAUGCUCCAACGGUGGGAUUCGAACCCCUCAUUAUUGAUGGCUAAACCCUGGAUAUAUCAACCACUAUGCUGCAGAAAUUGGGUAGAACUUAAUGUGUAUACAAUGACCUCCAAAAUGAUUAUCUAUAUACGACUUUUAUGACGGUCAAUACUCCAGAAAUUUUCACAUCACUUAUCAAUGGAACGAGCCCUGUAAACACAAACGACAUUUAAACAUUAAAUAAAACACUUGGGUCUUUCGUUUGGAGUUCAACCAUCGCUGGCAAUUCAACUUUUCACAUUUGACAGCUGAAAUUCCUGCCCUUCUCCGAACAGAUAGUGAAAACCACUCCGUUAUGGUUUAGUCGUUAUGAAAUCCUUCCAAAAUUUUCCAAAUACAUGUAAUGUUACUUAUGAACACAAACUCAACAGUCUAUCAAAAUCUUAAUCAGGGAAAAAUAAGUUAAUACAAUGUACAUAUAACCAUUUUCUUCUGUCAGGAAACCUUUUUUAUAUGAACACUAAAUUACAUUAAUCUACAUCAUCUCUAACAAAUAAAAAAGUUGUAAAACAGGUUCAAAACACAUACAUGUAUUUCGGUAUGGUUUUCUUCUUAAAGUGGGCUUCAAACUAGAAUUGUGCGUGUGGACUGGAAAAGCAGUACACCGUAUUUAUUUGAAAUCUCUAUUGAUGUUGUAGUCCAUGUUCUUGUUUAGAUGCUCGUUAUCAAGUAUUUCUGUCUGUACUCGCUCCUCAGAUGCAUAUCUGUGUUUGACUGCAGUGAUGAAGAACUCCUACAAGUACAGUCGAACCUCGUUAAUAAGAGCACUGUUAAUACAAGAUUCUAAUUAAGAAAAGGAAAUUGUUAGGUCCUAAU